CAACAGCCACGUUGUGGCUAUACGAUACUCUUAAUUCCUAGGUACCUAGGUACCUACACCUAACCUACCCAGAGACAGCUACAACGGCAAUCUCCAUCCACCUUUAAUCAUUAAGAACAGCCAAGCUGAGGCCCGUACCGAUUCACAAUGUCGAAAAAGGUUGCCAGAAUUAUAUCAACCGAACUACUCGAAAAUAAAGAUGCGAAGUGGAUCAAUCUCGUAAAAAUUACAUACGAGGAUGAAAAUGGUCAAGUGCGCACGUGGGAGGCGAUGAAGCGUCCUGGGCGUCCGAGCACUAGUGCCGUUGAUGCCGUACAAAUGAUCGCCGUCAUUCAACACAAAGACGGCCCUAAGGUCCUCCUAGAGAAACAGUUUCGUGCACCAGCGGGUAAAAUCGUCAUCGAGUUUCCAGCUGGAUUGGUAGACGAGGGCGAGACCGUAGAGCAAGCGGCGCUACGUGAACUAAAGGAGGAAACGGGUUACGUUGGUGAAGUAGUGCCAGACCGUGGAGGUUCAAGACCGAUCCUUUUCAGCUCUCCUGUAUCAUCAAGCUCAAGGACAUUUCUCAUCCAUCUGAAAAUUGACCCGGAAAAAGAAGAGAAUCAAACCCCAAAGCCUCAGCUAGAAGAUGGUGAGUUUAUCGAGGCUUUUUGGGUGCCAUUGGACAGCUUGUAUGCCGAAUGUAGGAAGUUGGAGGCCCAAGGGUUUGCGAUUGACGGUAAAGUCGGUGUCUUUGCUGAGGGCCUCGAAAUGUCCAAAAUUUGGCCAGUUGCAUGAGUGCGGCAAUUUCUACUUUAGAUAAUUAACAGGCCUAUCCGGGGUCCAUAGAUAUUGCCAUAUACCCUUUUUAGUCAACGUAAAGACAUAAUAGAGUCCAAGAUUAAAAACUA